ACAUACUAGUUGCAGUAGCUUUCUUAGCGCCCUGGCUUUGUUCGCCUAUUUUCGUGGUUUCCUGGUCUUGACGCGGCCGGACACUGCAUCAACUUUUACAUGCAUAUAUAGUGCCUGGAAGAUAGAGCGCUUGCAUCGCGCCCAGGGGCUAGUCACUUACGGGCCUACAAUCAGUCAGCAAACUUAUCAAGCCACCAGCUUUUGCCUCCACUUGGCAGCCGAGGGCCAUGGCGUGCUCAAUACGUGCCACUCAUCGACCGGCGCAGCUCCUGGCUGGCUCGCGCCCAGAGAAGAUGGUGUUAUCCUCGGUUAGGGCCUUGCCCAGGUGCCAGCGGCCAGUGACCGCUUCUUCUGUCGCUUCAACGGCCACGACCGUGACGAUGGAGGAGAAAGUGACUUCAGAGGCUCCACAGUCGACGAAUGCGACCGCAUCCUCCUCAGUCCCACAUCUCGACGACCAGACCUUCUAUCAGUUCUUACAAACCAAUGGCGACAACCUCUGCGUGGUUGACUACUACUCAGACUGGUGCGGGCCGUGCCAGAUGAUGAACAAGGAGCUGGACAAGUUGGUGGCCGCGUUUCCCAAGCGCGUCAAGUUCGCAAAGAUGAACGUGGGCAACCACCCGGAGUUCGGUACCCGGCAGCGGAUACGGGCGCUGCCGACGUUCCGUCUCUACUACAAGGGUGCCUGCGUCGAUGAGCUCACCGGCGCCCGGCCCACGCACCUGCGCCAGAUGCUGACGCACUACAGCCUCAUGGCCUCUAUCAACUAGAGGGCCACCUCGCCCAGUCCUGGCGGGCUCCGAUGCCAGCGGCCCUGUGGGCUGGCACUACAUGAAGGCGGCUGUGGCGGUGAUGGGAGCAGCAUAUGGCCACGGGACCGUCGGCAGGGCCGCCAGCGGGACACGUGCAGCCGGGCCGCGUUGCCAGCCCGUGGGCUUGGAGCUCAGCACAGGUUGUACUAGUAGCGUUUUGCUUGCGUGCGGAGUGUUUUUGAGCGGGGUUUUGCAUCCGGCGCUGUGGCUCACCGGACCCGAUGGCGCACGGAUUGCGCCAUGUGCAAGGUUUUUUGGUAGUUUUAAUGGUUUGCUGGUCGGAGCGCGAGGGAGUCAGCAAAGACUAGCAUUGGCAACCUGAUUUCAUCCCCCAGUAGUAGGGUUGCUGCGGGGCCGCGGCAUUACGAGACUUGCGUUCAGGUUGGGCACGUUCGGUAAGAGUUUAAUGGCGCGCGCUCUCGUCCACCGGCGAAUCGAUAUCGUGAGCGUGUAUGCGUAACGAGGUGUACAGAGCGUGUACGUUGAUAGCGGCCAUUUGGAAGUGGUAAGCUAGUGGUAAGGGUGCACCGCGUUGACAUACAGUAGUUCGUGGUCUGGCGGCAGAGGCCUGACAAGAGGCCCUCUUCAUGUGUGAGUGUGAAAGGAGAAGCAGAGAACGGCCGGGGCAAGAAGUCCCCAGGUACGUCGUGUUGAUGGAUUGCGGACGGCACUGGUGAGUCGCCGAUUCCGUCUCUGAGAAGUGAGAAUGCUUGGUGGCAUGAGCGGUGUGCGUGGCCGCGAGUAGGAAUCACAGAUGUGGGUCCGUGAAAUACGCAUGAUGUUGUGUGGUACGGCGAUGAGUGGUGGGAGAGGGACACCCUGGCAGCGUGCGUGCCUGCUGUGCCAAGAGCAUGCGAGACGCACGGUGUGCAGGGCUUAUAAGAAUUGGUAACAUACUGAAGUUUAGCAUGUGAGUGUGUGAUGCAGAGCGUAGUUACUUGCACAUUAAUGGCGGCGCAGCUGCAGGGCGGGUAUGCGAAGGAAGAGUAAUGACGGUGUGCGCGAGUUCAUUGGGGCUCACUAUCUUGGUUUUCCAGCUGAAUGCAAGGGCUGGCUGCAGUCCCCAACUGAUGCCGUUAAUACAUGACGCGUGAGGUGUUCGCUCAACUCCUCAGAUUUUCCAGCGCCCCGUGUGGCGUGUGCUUGGCUUCACGGCUGCCGCAAAUUGGAAGAAAGCUGCC